CAAAGCCCGCCACCCCAUCAUCUCUCUCUCUCUCUCUGCUUUCUUUAACUCAAUUCAAAUCCUUCUUUUCCCAUUUGCUUUUCUUCUCAACUGUUAUUCCCUUUUACCAGUGUCUCAAAAUUCAACAAAACCCAAUUUCUUAUUCUCACUUUUUCACCUAUCCAACAUGAAGUUCUUGUCUUCCUCUUCAUCCUCAACCCCCACCACCACCACAUUUAGUGGCAGUAAAGGCAACUCACUGGCAACUAUGUUAAGACAAUUUCUUUGCUUCAAUUGUCUCCCCACCCACCCCUCAGAUCAAUUCAAAGACACUGGCUUCAAUUUAGAGUCUAACAAGUUUGGAGGCUGGGAAACAGAGGAGAAAAUUGAGGGAAAAGAAACUCCAGGGAUUGUGGCGAGGCUAAUGGGUUUGGAAUCCAUGCCACUGUUCGAUUUAGCUAAGGCCCAAUUGACUCCUAAUUCGAUUGAGCGAAGCGGAUCGAUGGAUUAUGAUUCUUGGACUGAGAAUGAGUCGAUGCAGGGGCAUCGUGGGCGUGUGGGGACUUCCUUGUCUUUUCGCCAACUUCCGAGUUUCUUGGAGCUAGAAAAUGAUGAGUUUUUUGUUAUAAACUUUGGGAAUGGAGGUAAAAAUAAAGAAUUUAGAUCCAAAGAACGUAGAUCGGAGACGGGUUCUGGAAAAUUGAAGCGAAGAAAAGCAGAGAGAUGCAAGAGAAAGUGUGAGAAAUUGAAGGAAAAUCAAGAGCCUAACAGGUUGAUCAAUCACGAGGCUACACAAGAGGUGGUCUGCAAUGGUGAAGGUAAAGAUGCAAGUGAUGUUCUUCGUCCCACCAACGACUGUAACUGUAAUUCAGACGUUGAGACAGAGGAUGUAAAUCAAUCGAAACCCAUAAACAACAGAGAAAGGUCUAAUGGAGCGAAACAGAGGAAGGAAAAAGAAGAGAGUGUCUCUGCAGCGAAGGUCGAAACAGAGUGUAACUCAGAGAAUUCAAGCCCUGUUUCUGUUCUGGACUUUGUUGAAUCUAUUCUUGAUCCCGAAGAAAUUCCUACAUCAGAGGAAGAUGCAAGGUCGACAACAGGUUCAAAUUUCAGAAGGAAGUUAUCAGCAGAGCUUGAAAAUUUCGAGCAGUCGCCUCCAUCUCCGUGUAAACCCAGUACUAGUUCGAGUAGUGAUGUUCAGAGAAGGAAAUUGAUUCAUGGAAAAUGUCACGGAUCGAAGAAAAAAGAUUACCAGAGAGGGAACUAUGUGGAGAUGUGGAAUGAAAGCUGCAAAAUGGCUGAAGAGGCCAUGAUGGAAUCGAAUUGGGUAUACAGAGAAUUGUGGAAGGUAGAAGAUUUUAAAGGUGUUGGUGUAGAGUUUGGGUUACAAAUUCUUGAAACAUUGUUAGGUGAGCUGGUAGAUCAACUUGUUGAGGCCUCCCAUGCAAAAUUUUGAUCUGUAACACACUUGAAAGAUCUGUACAUCUCUUUUCGGCUAAACCAGAGAUUUUGUAAUUUGUACAUUAUAGUGAAAUUUAAAGAAAGUAAAUCUUCUCCACCAAA